AUGAGGGAAAAUUCCUGUGAAACUGUGAUCCCUUCCUCUGAAGGCCUCCUUAACAGCUGUCCAGCCGGCGGCGUCCACAGCAGCCUUCCAGACAGUUCCAGUCCCUUUCGAAGCCCUAGGCUGCCCGUCCGGAGGCUCCCAGAGUCAGGCCUUCUGCUGGGCCCCGGGUCUCUCAGUGGCAUAAUGGAGUUCUCCGAGAUGACGCUGUGUGUCCCUGGCCACCACCUGCUGCUGGGAAACACUUGCCCCUCUCCUGGGAGGGGACAACGAGUCCCAGAGAGGGCCAGCAAGUUUCGUUGUCCCAAGAGAGGGGCUACCCGUUUCCCGGAUUGGGCGUUACGCAGUAGGGCACCAUCACCCUGCGUUAUGCAGGAGGGUACCAUCCUCCCCUUAGCGAGGGACACUAAGCCUGGGCCCGUCCCUCCCAGGGUUGCGUGUGACUCUGGCACCAUCACCCUACGCUGUAAGGACCUGCGGGUGCUGCAGCUGGAAAUAGAGGACGGGGAAGCGACGCUGGACAUCGCCCGCUCCAUCGAGGUGCUGUCUUCCCUGGAAUUGCCCAUCACCUCCUGCCCGUUCUACCAUCCCAAAGGCCUGAGAUUGAACGACUCCUGGCACUUCCUCUCGCCCGAACGCUACAAGCUAGUAGCUCUUGAGGUGAACGCAGUCGUGGAGGCCCGGGGAGGUGGAAGCUGGGCCCGAAAGAGGCGCGGGAAGAGCACUCCUUGGGUGCCCCAGACCUGGCCUCUCUCCUCCCUGCUCCGCAGACCGACGCGUGACGGCUGAGCAAGCCUCUGACCGGUCCCCAGAAGCUGCCCAGCGAGGAGGACCAGGAGCUGCUGCGAGCUAUGCUAGCCGGGCUUGCCCUAGUUCGCGGGGCUUCAUCGUGGACACGCACUCAGCCCAGGCCUCAAAACAGGCCCGCGUAACUGGCGGAGGCACUUAGGCCAAGGCCGCUUACCCUGCAGGAAAGGGUUGCACCGGCCCCCUGGAGAGGUAAGGGACCACCCACCCUCUCCCAGGUCCUCUCCUGCAGGGCUCUGUGAAUGUACAUGUGUGAGUGUGUGUUGGGGUGAGGGGAUCCGCUAGGAACCUUGAAGACUGAAGCCUUUCCUGGUGUCAUCCCUCCAUGUGGGCCUCCCCACUUGCACACCACCACUGAGAGAACUCCUUACUCUCUAGGCACCCCAACUUUGCCUGGGAAGA